AUGGCUCCACUCCGCUUCUCGGCCAACCUGUCGUGGUUGUUCCCGGAGCUCUCGGGCUUUCCCGCGCGCUUCCGGGCCGCGGGCAGUUCGGGCUUCGAAGCGGCCGAGAUCGGCUGGCCGUAUGCGGAGCCGCCGGAGGCGCUGGCGCGCGCGGCGCGGGAAGCCGGGCUACAAGUCGUGCUAAUCAACAUGCCCCCGGGAGACAGAGAGAAGGGGGAGAAUGGGCUGGGGGCUGUUCCCGGGAGGCAGGCGGCCUUCCGAGAAGGGCUGGAGCAGGCGGUGCUGUACGCUAAAGCUCUGGGCUGUUCCAGGAUUCACCUGAUGGCUGGCCGAGUGCCCAAGGGGGCUGACAGAGCCGCGGUCAGGGGUGAAAUGGAGACAGUUUUCCUGGAGAACCUCAGGCAUGCAGCUGAGGUUUUGGCUCAGGAGAACCUCGUGGGACUGCUGGAGCCCGUAAACACCCGCAUCACGGAUCCCCGGUACUUCCUGGACACGCCCCAGCAGGCGGCAGCCAUCUUACAGAAGGUGGGAAGACCCAACCUCCAGCUACAGAUGGACUUAUUCCACUGGCAGAUCAUGGACGGGAACCUGACGGGGAACGUGCGUGAGUUCCUGCCCAUUGUUGGGCACGUGCAGGUGGCACAGGUCCCAGAUCGGGGGGAACCCGACAGCCCCGGAGAGCUCAACUUCUCGUAUCUGUUCCAACUGCUGGAAGAUGAAGGCUACACAGGCUUCGUGGGCUGCGAGUACCAGCCUCGAGGAGACACAGUAGAGGGCCUGAGUUGGCUGCGUUCAUACUGGGAGAUGAGGGGCCGCCUGCAGGCUGGCCAGUGA